UACGAAAGCAAUACCUAGCAAAAUACAUCGGUACCCACCCACGCCCACGACCGACUUUAUAUCACCCUGACACCCUAACGACGACCCGUGAGGCUGACUCUCUCUCUCUCCCUCCCCCUUCCUCUCUCUCUCUCGGUUGCUCCUCCGGCAGGCCGCCGCCACCGCAGCUCCGUGCUCCUGCAGCCCGCCGCCACCGACGCGUCGUGCUCCGGCAGCCCGCCGCCACCGCCGCUCCGUGCUCCGGCAGCCUGUCGCCAUAGAAGACCAGAUCUGGCCUCCCCUACGCAGCAACGUCCAGAUCUGGCUGCUCCGGCCGCCGUGAUGCCACCGAGAUGGUGCGUAGACGGGUACCCCCCGGCCGUCGUGCUGCGGUAGUUUGUCGCCGUCGGAUCCGUACCCUCCUUCCCCAACUCUUCUGUGCGAUGGGAAAUGUGUGCGUGAUGAGAACAUGGUGGGUCCCAUGUCAUAAAAUGUUGUGGGCCCUGAGCAAAGACAUAUCAAUGCCACAAAUGCAGAAAAGGAACCAAAUACAUCUGAGAAUGUCAGAUGGAGUCAGAUACGCUGCAAGCUCAUUGGCUAGAGACUCACCGGUAGCUCCCUGCUCCGGUAAAAAAACUUAGACCUCCUUUGAUUUAGAGAAAUUUCAUAUGAUAGGAUUUUUAUAAAAAAAAUUCCUUUAGAGCCCUUUGAUUUGUAGAAAUGAAAUCCUAUUUCUAUGAAGAAAUUCUUCCUAUGCUCCACAUUUUAUUGAAAAAUAAACAUCAGCCUAGACUCAAUGAAAAAAAUACUAUGAUGUGAAUCAAAGAAUAAACAUCAGCCUAGACUCAAUGAAAAAAAUCCUAUGAUGUGAAUCAAAGAACAUCUCUUUUCCAAUUCUUACUCAUAGGAUUUAAGAUAUAUGUCAUUUCAUUUUCUAUGACUUUUUUAUUCCUACAAUUUUCCUACCCUAUGAACCAAAGAAGGCCUUAGUUAGCCAUGCACGCGUUAUGUUCUCAAUCAAGAGCUUGUCGUGAACCUCCUGACUUGAACUAGCUUGCCGUGGUGAUUUCACUAAGUGGGCAUGACUAACCACGCAGCAUAGGACACGCCAUCGAUCGGGUAUUAAGGUAUAUACGUGUCCAUGCCGACCAGCGUAGGUGUACUUAGGUAUGUAUAGGUUCACCAACAUAAUGGUAUUUGAGUAGAGUACGACUCGGCCGAGACGUGUACACGCACCUUAGAGCAUCUCCAGCGGUUGGCCUCCCAGGCAGCUUGAAAAAUCGCCGCAUGGGGGCGAAUCGACAGUAAAAUCAGGCCCCAAGCGUCUGUUUUAAUAUUUUUUGAACAUUUAUUUGACUAAAAUUGGGUGAAGGGGACAAAUAUUCGAUGAAACAGUGCAUUACUUCGGCGAAUUGAAAUAGUUUUUUACAUAGAUAAAAUACUUAAAAAAAUAAAUGCGACUACAGGCCGAAUAAGGCACUGAGAGAGGCGAAGUCGCUACCGUUGCCGCAGCCGUUGUCCUUGUCGUCCUUCUCCUUCAUACGGCCGCCCCUCCUGAACCCCUGCCCGGCGUCGCCCUGGCGGACCGGUGGUGGCGUCGCGUCAUCGUCGCUGUCGUCGAGGAUGACGACGCCUCCCUCGCCCCGGCCAUGGCGCCAAGCGGCGAACCGCUGGCGCUCCAGCUCCGUCACACGCCCAGUCGUCACGCGCCCACUUCAAGGCCGCCGCAUCGUCGAGCUCCUCCUUGAUGCCGCCCGCGAGCACUGGCUCCGUCUUCACGACGGCGAGCCUCGCCUCCGUCUUCACGGCGGCGAGCCCCAGCUCCGUCUUCGGUUUGACGUAGCGCGCAUGAGCCUAGGAGGAGGCGCGCCUGCCGCCCUCGUUAAUGACGAUGCCGGCGCUGCGGGUGCGCCGGCCGAGCAGCGUCUCUGCUGUGGGCUCGGCCUUGACGCCGAACACCGUCGGCGAGCCGGAGGAGUGAGAGGAGGAAGACGACGAGGAGCCGAACCUCCUGGGCACCAUUGCCUGACGCUCCGGCGGGGGACCGGGGCGGUGGUGGCGGCAAGGUAUGCCAGCAGCGGGUCAUUGCCGCCCUCGAGGUACCGGAGUACCUCAUGGAGCGUCCGGCCGGGGGCGCCCCACCCUAGGCGGCGCCCCUCGCUGUUCUUGACGCCCCCACCAUCAUCGCCCGUUGGUGGACGUCAGCCGCUGCGCCUGCUGGUGCUGGAAGUACGCUGCCCACAAGGCGUGGUUGUCGGCGGCGUACCGCGGGAGGGCGCGCUGCUCCUUCGUCAACGACGCCCGCACGCGGUCGAUCUCAGCGUCGAAGAGGUCAGGGCGCGCGUCGUCGUCGGGCACCGAGGGAAUGGGGAUUCCACCGGCAUUGAGUCUCCACCCUGUCGGCCCGGCGCGCAUGUCCGGCGGCGCCGGGAUGUUCGCCUCGAAAAAGAGAUAGGCCUCCCACUCGUAGAGCGAGUGGCGGCCGAAGCCGUUGGCCGCCGCCCCAUCGCGGGGAACUGCUCGGCCAUCGGGUGGGCUUGGGGAGAGAGGGGAGGGGAGGAACGUCGGCGAUGGCUGCUAUAUCUGGCCAUGGGCCGGGCCUAAAAAAACCCAUGGCAGAAAACUAAGGCCCAGGCCCUCCCAGGCCCUACCAUCAGGCCUUCUUUUUAAGCCCAAGCCCGGCCCAUCUCGUAAAAAGCCCUGAAAAGCCCUUAGGGCUUAGGGCUGUGGGACGGGCCUCUUCCUUAAAAUGCCAAUAUGCCAAGCCCAAGCCCGUCCAGGCCCUGCUGAUGGGCUCAAAACUCAGACCCAAGCCCGGCCCACGGACAAGCCCAUCGGGCCUAGGCCUUGGAUUUUAGGGCCGGGCCUGGGUGGGCCGACAGGGCCGGGCCUGAGAUGUCCAGGACUAUCGGCUGCGCACAGGGAGAGAGGCAGAGCUUGGCGGCGGGUGUGGGCGGGUGUGGCCAAAGGCGAGGGAGGCCUUCCUUUUAUAGCCGCGCGCCGUGUGUACGUGUGACGGGAGGGGAGGCGUCGUCGCGCUGUCCGUGAAGCGCCGCCCGUGAGGAAUCAAUGGCAAGGCUAGCCGGCGGCAACCUUGCCAUUGAUUCCCCGUGGGAAACCGAGGCGUUAUGAGGACGGCGAUGCGAGUGUCGUUGACUCGGCGGGCCCACAACUCUUUCACGCCAAAACUGCUCGCCCCGGCGCCCGCGGGCGCCCCCGGCGCGCCGGGUUUGGUCUGGGUCCGUCGGCAUCAGUUUCGGCUCAAACCGACGAAAAACGGUUUCUGAAAACGUAACUGGGUCGAUUUUUUAGCGUCGGCGCGAAAAAAUCACCUGAAGAGGCCUGUUGAGAGCGCAGCUGAAGAUGCUCUUAGCUGCAGCAAGACCUGAUGCAUGCAUGCGCUAGUACGUCGUGGACAGCUAGCUUUGCCAUGCAUGCAUCACUAAGCUAACCAAUUGAUCAACUAGUGUAUGCACAAUACAAGCGUUUGUAUUUCCAAAAUAUGUACGUGUAUAACUUGCACUUAAAACCAUCGAAGAUCCAGAAUAGGCUAUGUGAGCGGAAUAAAUAAAUAAAUGCUCCGGGACAGCUCGAUUCGGUCGGUUGUGGGAAGGUAUGAGAUCUGUGUUGAAGAUACCCUAAGCUAAACUACUAUGCGGACGACACUUCACCGCACGAACUUUGGAUAACCGAGGAAUUAACGGUGCUAUCCAGUGUUUGGUCUAUGCAUGGACGGCUUGAUGUAUUGUGUCGUCUGAAAAUCGUUCAGAUUUGUCGUGUGUGUAGCAGCGUUGUACCCUAAGUUGAGAAGAGUGGAUAUCCAAUCAUAGGUGGAUCAGAUAAUUAAGAGUGAAGGGAUAAAGAGGAAAAUAUCCUAAAAAAAAUUAGUAGCGGGCCAUACGUUGAGAAGAGAAGAUAUCCACGAAGAUAAUUAGGAUUUUAAAAAAUACCGGAAUUUUUUUUUUGAGCUGGGAAAAAAUAUUAGUAGCAGGCCUUGGGAUUCACCAUGCCACUGGUAUUUAUUAUAUCUAAAAAAUAGCUAGCUCCCACUUCUAGAUUUCUCUGAACAUGCAUGCUUCCUCAUCAUCUAUUUAUUUGUACCCGUUCAAUCAAAAUCGUGUGACCAUAGAAAGCUUUUACACUUCUUGCAACAUCUUAAUUAUUUGUAUACCUUAUGCAUGUACUCAUAAGUUACACUUCCUGCAUUAAUCUAUCCAUGUAAUCCAUGCCACUUCAUUAAGUCAUGCAUGCCUCUUUUCCCGGGAAACUAAUUCAUAAAUAUUAGUCACAACUUAGAUUUUUGUGCUGAUUUUUGUGUAUUCAUGAACUGUAUAUGUGUUAGACCCUUGGCGUAAUAUAUAUAGUUUAUGCUUAACAAUUUUUUAAAAUAUGGCGUCACAUUAUGUUGACUCCAAAAGGUUUAUCCUUUUGUGUAUCAUUUUGUCACAUAAUUUGUAUGUUUUAUUGUUUAAAAAAUAUGAACUAAGAAAGCUUUUAUAUUUGCAUUUUCAUUAGGUUUAAAUGUUUUUAAGCAUUUGCUGAUGGAUUUGUUUUAAUAUAGUUCCCACGGCAACGCGCGGGGCAUCAUCUAGUUUAUUAGUGAUGGGUGGACAAUGUGGCCCCCCACUGGUAACUGAUUUUUUCGAGAAAGGGUGGAUUUUAUUGACUCAAAAUGAAGCAUCCAGUGGAUACAAACACAGUGAGCACACACCCAGCCUCUGCAUAGCUAGGAUGCACACAGCCAAUACCAAUAUAUACACACACACACACACACACAAAAACCCGCUGGCAAAUAGCAAAGUCAUAUAAGACCAAAGCUAUGCCUAAAUGAGAGAAAAAGAAUCAAAUCAAACAAAUCUAUGAUCGACAAUAUACAACAACAACCGCAUCCGCACCAACCAUCUCAUGACACCAUAUGGAUAAUGAGGUUCGUCAACAGCAAUGCCUGCACGAAGGGAGCGACACUCUAUGCCGCCAUCACCGGAUCUAACCAUCAGAGGUGAGAUUUUAGGUUUUCACCCUGAAGAAUCAGUCUGAGCUUAUCCGAGCAAUGCCUCAACAAGAUCACGAUGCAAAGCAUCGCCAUUGCCGUGUAUGAACAACUUGUAUCAGACCUAGGUUUUCACCCCGGAGCUCAAGACCAGGUACUUUAGAAGCACCACCAUCGGAGUCAACCAUAUGUUGUCGCCAUCACUUUUUCGCGAUCCAAGCAACUACGUGUGAUGGGCUAGAAAACCGACCUCCGCCACUGCACAACCUUAUCCUCUGCGUCAAGCCGUUGUCCAUAUAUUGCAUCUCACAGUCAAAGGCAACCAUCAAUCUGAAGAGAGAAAUCCUCGCGAAGAUCUUUCAGUGGCCAUUGCAAUUCGGAGAGGCCACCGCACCAAAUAAUGUGCAUGACAUCUCCGUGAUUGCCUCCAUGUCGAAGAGAGUUAUGUCCAAGCCAUAGACCUAGGGGUCGACAUGGCCGAAUCUAAAGCCAGAAAGCAGAAUUGUCCGACAGCCAAGACCCACGGCGCCGCAUCACGCAUGACAACAACACCCAUGGUCCCUUGGCCUAACUCCACCGAGACGUGGCCAUGCCCAAUGCUUAGUAGCAGCCCAGCCACCACACAAGCAGACGGAUCUGGUCAUCACGUCGCUCAUGCCUACGCCCCCGACACAGCCUCACAGCCAUGCCGCCGGUGACCGCUGCUGCACCCUACACGAGACGCUGCGAGCAGCCACCGAUUGCCGGGACCACGGGCUUGUCCCGACGCACGCCGAUGCGCCGCCGGAGCUUCUACCCUACAGACCAAAGGCCGUCGCGGGAAGGCGCCCCCUGCCGCCGUCAGCCACGCGGGCUUCGCCCGGCGGCGUCCUCCGGCGGCGGCGCGGCAACUAGACGAGAAAGGUGCAGCGACAAUGCUAGGUGAACGGUCGCGCCCGGGUCGCCCGGGGUUAGGCGACGCGGGGCGUUUUUUCCCUCAAGCUUUGAAAUGGGUCUUUGUUUCUUUGUUUCUUGCCACUGGUAACUGAUGACUAUUGGUGUGCGUGUAGGAUUGCCAACUACUAAGAGCAUCUCCAGUCGUGCCCCCAACAGUCCCCCAGGCGUUUUUGGCGCC